GGGACGCGCAGCGGCAGCGAGCAGCAGCAGCAGCAUCUCAGCUCUGCAGGUUCAAGUCACGGUUUGUUCAAAGCCGAGGCAGAAACAGGAGUUUAUUUCAAACAGGAAUAAAAGAUAAAAGCUGCGCGACCAUCAGCGGAGGAGAGACGGGAGCAGCGGAUUCACUGGCCGAGGAUGUGUGGUGUGGAUGUGGACCUGGAUGAUGGCGUCUCAGCGGACGAGGAGAAGGAGGAGGAGUUCUGGGUGGGGGACGCAGUGAAGAUGCUGCCCCCCCCGGCGGCGCACAGCGACGGCAGCGCGUGGGGCGGCCGCAGGGGAGCGUGCGGCUCGGCGGCCUGCGGGGCGGUUCUGGUCCUCUGGAACCUGUGCGUGGUGUCGGCCGGCGCUUUGCUGCUGGCGCUGGUCUUCUCUGUAGUGCUUCUGCCUGCAGCGCUGCUGCUGUACGCCGGCUUCCUCUGCCACUCCAGAGUCCUCGACGCCCCGGCGGCCAUCUGCCGCUACCUCGACGACAACAGCUGCUCUGCCCUCAUCAUCCUGGGCUUCGUGAUGAUGUCGCCCCUCGUAGUCCUGGCGGCGGCGGUUUUCUGCGGUUUGCUGAGGAAGUUCCAGCUCCUUCUGUUCCUCCAGCCGCUGUCCAGGGCUCGGUACCGAGGGAGGCUGCUGGACUGGGUGGGAAGAGUCCAGGCCUGGGUGUGACUGGCUCUCCAGGUUGAGGUUGAAUGGCAAACAGAGUGAGAGAGGACAGUGACAUAUUCAAUUUCCAGUGUAAACAAUGAAUAGAAUAGAUGUCAGCUUUAAAUAAGCAAUCAGUCUGAUUGUUUUCACCUAGUGUCAGUAGUUACAUUCUUUUGAAUAUUAGUUCUGUUUAAAACAUGUUAUUUUGUUCCUGUCUUUCAGAUUAUUUCUCAGUGUUUGCACAUGUAGAGCCAAUUUGAGAUGUUUUUAGAUGUGCUCAACUCUUGAAACUCAGACAUUUGCAAGCUUUUUUUUUAGUAAUUAACUGAAAUUAAUCCCAAAAUAGAAUUUUUUCUUGCAAAUUUUUGACUUUUCCAGCUCAGAAAAGUUUUUGUUUUUCCUAGAAAUUUUUUUUUUGGAUUAAUAUAAAACAUUUCUUGGCAGAAAUUUAUUUAUUUAUUCCCUGUUCACGCUGGCCCAAAUACUCUGUACAAAGGUAAAGUUAUAAAUCCCACUAUUUAAAAAAAAAAAACCUGUCAGUUCAUCUAUUAGUAGCAGUAAAACUUCUGAUGUUUUUAAUGGUUGCAUGUUCGUAUGUAAAACAUUAAAGGUAACAACUUUUUCUGUGUCA